AUGCCCGUCACUUUGCAAAUCGUCGAUCACCUUGCCACGUCGUGGGCGGUUCCAAAAGCGACCACGCCGGAGGAACUGUUCGCGAGGGUCUGUCCGGAAAACUACCCACAAAGCGAGAGAAUCAUACAAACUUCACUGACGCGCCGAACUUUGCGCGAGACCCAUACGUCCCCUUCCGAGAACGGCUUCGUUUGGGCCGCGUGCCGGGCGUACAGCGACCAUCACCACCUUACCCUCCGCCCGGAAGACAUCUGGUUCGCCAUUCUCACCCAGCUGAGCUUUCAUAUCAAUGGCAACUCCGAAAAGCUGCGUUACUUCUUCGUGGAACAUGAGGGGAGCAAAGAGCUGGAGGUUGUCGACGCAGGGUCGAUGGACUACGCCGACUUUAGUGUCUUCGCUGAGCGCAUGACACACAUGAUUGCCAAGAACGUGAAGGAUCCCGGACUGCGCGACUGGGUCAUGCCGUCUUUCUCUACGACGACCACCACCGAUCAGGUCGUGGCCUCGGUUCUGUUCAUGGGCGCGAUGCAGAAGUACUUCUCGUACAACUGGACUUUGGACUGCGGUAUCCCAUCGGUUACCCUGCUGGGCGAGGUCGCGGACUACGAGAACAUUCUUGCGCGACUAGACAGGAUUGAGCAGCUAGGAGACGAGCCGACGCAGUUUGCCGAGAUGCUGAGGCCGAUAUUGCGCUACAUGAUUCUCUCCUUCGGAGCUCCUGCUAACCCACAGGUCGUGAACUUCUGGAACAAGAUUGCGACGCGCAAUUUAGUGGGAAGCGGCAUGGACUACAUUUCCGGAUGGAUCACGGCCUUCUGCUACUGGAGUCCCCAAGGCAUAGCCAAGCCGCGUUUCAGGCAAGACAUCGUGCUUGAUGGUGUUCCUUACCCCUCGGUCGAUUUCGACGACAUCCCGACCGGCAUGGCUUCCGUCCCCGUCACGGUCCGCGACCACGGCGACGAGUUCAAGUGCACCAUCCUGGCGGGUUCUUUUGGGAUCCAGGGGUUUUCCAGGCCCGAAGCUGUUAGGGGCUCUUCCGACGACUCAUCGAGCGUCGACAGCCACGCAGAGUCCGCGGACCUUGUUAAUAUUCGACCGUUGUCAGGAUGGUUGAUGUACGAGAACAAAGAGAAGUCAGAUACAGACGCGAGCGAGUCUAUGGAAACACCAGAGAACGAGCUAAAGACAUGGGAGGAACUGAGAUUAAAUGCAGGCACUGGGGAAACCGACAGGCUCGAUGACCCCCUGCUGGCUACCAACUUCGCAGGCAAAAGGGCCAAUAGAUCCUUCGCCUGGGCCCGUGUCGAAAGGUAG